UCAGUCCACACCGCGCGCCAGGCCCGACGCGGUGCGUUGUGGGAGAUGUAGUUUCCACCGUAUUUUUGCGUUCCUCGCGCACGAGUGAGGUGGUCUUCGGGCUGGAAUGUAACAGGCCUCAGAGGAUUCCCGCACUGUUUCCAAAUUUAGGGCUGAUGACCCAUGUUAAGGUCCCCCCCAUGGUUGUUUAAUGAAGAAAACUCACCUGCCCUCGAUGUUAAGUAGUUCCACAAAAGCAGAGCCUUAAUCUGCUUGUAAAGAAGAGACAGUCUCCUUUUAAAUAAUCACAUUUUGCCUCCAAUUUCAAUUCUUUUAAUAUUGCUAUAGAAGUAAGGGUUUUUUUAACUGUCUCGUGCUGGUCUCACUGCAUAAUGACCUUCUGUUUGUCUAGUAUUCGAAGCUUUUCUAAGCUUUGGAAGAGCAAGCUGCCGUGCCUUGGGCUAGGCCCAGGGCACUUCUACCUCUCUCUCUUUCUCACAGACUGUGGCAUCAGGAACCAACAGAGGUGGUUCUUUCUUAAAAUGUCACCACAAAAUACCAAAGCAACGAAUGUGUUGGCUGCCAAGGUCAGAUUUGUCAAGAAAGGAGAUGAAGACAGAAUUAUGCAAAAUUCUUCUCAUCCUCAUCUUUUUGCUGCUGGAGAAGCUAAGAAGAGAUCACAGAUGAAUGCUCACAGUAAAGAUCACACCUUGUUACUUAAGGACAAUAUUCAACUCCCAACAAAACCUUUGAAUUCAGAGGAGUGGGAUAAAUUUAAGGAAGAUUACACAGGAAAGGGCAAUUUUGAAAACUGGAUCAGCUCACAGAUGUGUUGUAGCAACAGCUCUGUAGAUGUGGCUAAAUCUCUCUUGUCAUGGGUAGCAGCAAAAAACAAUGGUAUUGUAGACUAUAAUUUAUUGGUCAGAUAUUUGUAUCUCUGUGUCUUCCAUAAGCAGACAUCAGAAGUUAUUGAUGUCUAUGAAAUUAUGAAAGCCAGAUACAGGAGUUUAGAACCUGGGGCUUACACUCUUCUCAUCCGGGGAUUAAUCCAGUCAGACAGAUGGAGAGAGGCUUUCCAGCUAUUAGAAGACUUUAAAAAAGUCAUGACCCCUUCAGUAAACAACUAUGAUGACUGUAUCCAGGGAGCCCUCCUUCAUCGAGAUGUGAACAUCGCUUGGAAUUUAUAUCAGGAAUUGCUAAGUCUUAAACUUACUCCUAGGUUGGAAACUUUAAAAGCUCUCUUUGACUUUGGAAAAGACAUAAAGGAUGAUCACUAUUCCAACAAACUACUAGACAUUCUUUUGUAUUUAAGAAAUAACCAUCUGUAUCCCGGGGAGUCGCUUGCACUCAGUAUAAAAACAUGGUUUGAGAGUAUUCCUGGAAAACAAUGGAAAGGCCAAUUUACUACAAUCCAGACAAGUGGCCAGUGUUCAGCCUGUGGAAACACCAUUGAGUCUAUACAGCUGAGUCCAGAAGAAUAUGACUUUCUCAAAGAAAAAAUCAUGAGGGAUGUGAUAGAUGGUGGUGACCAGUAUAGAAAGACGACGCCUCAGGAACUGAAGAGAUUUGUGAAGUUUAUAAAAUCCUGUCCUCCUUUUGAUGUUGUCAUUGACGGGCUCAAUGUUGCCAAAAUGUUCCAUAAAGUUCGAGAAUCUCAAAUGCUCUUGGAUGUUGUGUCUCUACUGGCCAAGCAGAAUCUACAACUGCUGGUGCUGGGCCGGAAGCACAUGCUAAAACAAUGUGCCCAGUGGAGAAGGCAUGAGAUGGAAAAAGUGCAAGAGCAAGCCCACUGUUUUUUUGCUGAUAAUAUCUCAGAGGAUGACCCGUUCCUUUUGUACGCCACACUGAACUCAGGGAAUCACUGCAAGUUUAUCACCAAUGACCUGAUGCGAGACCAUAAAGCCUGUCUGCUUGAUGCCAAGACCCAACACCUGUUCUUUAAGUGGCAGCAGGGACACCAGCUGGCAAUUAGAAGAGUGUCUCCAAGAUCACACAUAACCUUUCAGCAUAGUCCCUGCUAUGAUACGAUCGUGCAGACAACCGGAGACUCCUGGCACAUACCGUAUGAUGAAGACCUGGUGGAAAGGUACUCCUAUGAAGUGCCAACCAAAUGGCUGUGCCUCCAGCGGAAGGUGUGAAGACCCCUCCUCACCCUGUGCUGAGUUUGCCUUCACCCGCUCUCUUGGCUGCUGGCAGAGCUCUGAAGUCCAUGCUUGUUUAGGGCAUUUCCUCUGCCCUGAAGCAAAAGUUUACUGUCCCUGGCCGCAUUCCCCGACGCUCGUGUUAGAGGCUAACCCAGAAGUGGUCAGUGCGGAGGAAGCUUUGCUCCUGCAGUCCUACGGUUCCGCUUAGCUUGUGUGCUUCUGGUAUCUGUUUUGCUGCUUCACACUUCACCUUCUAGGCCACGAACUGCUGCUGCUUCAUUUUAUAUUCCAAUUACAAAUACUCUUUCAAAUUGCAUCAACAUUUUGUGAACUUUUUUUUAAAAGAGUUGGAAUCUUGGGGCCAGGGAUUUAGCUCAGUGGUUC